GCCGCGCCGGAUCCGAGUCCCACCACUCAGCGGAGGUUCGCGCACUGCUGGGGCCAGCCCAGAGCCUUCCGUGCGCCCGGCCUCGACCCGGGGCCAAGCUCGGGGCAUGCUCCAGCCCCCUCCCCGGAACCCGGCAGAGAACCCAGGAGCGCCGCCGCCCAGCCCCAGCGCCCCGAGCGGAACCGCCCCGAAGGAGUCCUGAACAAACGCCCCCGGGGGUCAGCGACCAAAGUCUGGGUUUCUGAGAAAGCCAGGGUGGGAGCUAUAACUGGAUUCUUCUGGACCCUCCGGAAGGACCUUAGGCCUGAGCCAGCCUCCUUUCUACCCUGCCUGCCCCCCAGGACUGGACAGUCGUCAAAGGCCCUGGGGGGGGGCCCAGGACUGUGGUUGUGCCCCCCCCCCCAAUGCCCCGACAGGAUGGGCCCGAGUUAGUCCACCCAGCCUCACCCAGCAUCCUCCAAGCCCAGAGGGAACCUCGGGGGCUCUGAAAGCUUGAUCUGCCGCCUGUCUGCCAUGGAGACGAAGCUGCCUCCUGCGAGCACCCCUACCAGCCCCUCCUCCCCGGGGCUGUCGCCUGUGCCCCCACCCGACAAGGUGGAUGGCUUCUCCCGCCGUUCCCUCCGCAGGGCCCGGCCCAGGCGCUCCCACAGCUCCUCUCAGUUCCGCUAUCAGAGCAACCAGCAAGAGCUCACGCCACUGCCCCUGCUCAAAGAUGUGCCAGCCUCUGAGCUGCAUGAGCUGCUGAGCCGGAAGCUGGCCCAGUGUGGGGUGAUGUUUGACUUCUUGGACUGCGUGGCUGACCUAAAGGGGAAGGAGGUGAAGCGAGCAGCACUCAAUGAGCUGGUGGAAUGUGUGGGGAGCACCCGGGGCGUCCUGAUCGAGCCUGUCUACCCGGACAUCAUCCGCAUGAUCUCAGUGAAUAUCUUCCGGACCCUGCCACCCAGUGAGAACCCUGAAUUUGAUCCUGAAGAGGAUGAACCCAACCUUGAGCCUUCAUGGCCCCAUCUGCAGCUGGUAUAUGAGUUUUUCCUGCGUUUCUUGGAGAGCCCAGACUUCCAGCCCUCUGUGGCCAAGAGAUAUGUGGAUCAAAAGUUUGUCCUGAUGCUCCUGGAGCUAUUUGAUAGCGAGGACCCCCGAGAGCGUGAGUACCUCAAGACCAUCCUGCACCGAGUCUAUGGCAAGUUCCUGGGUCUCCGGGCCUAUAUCCGCAAACAGUGCAAUCACAUCUUCCUCCGUUUCAUCUAUGAAUACGAGCACUUCAAUGGUGUGGCUGAGCUGCUGGAGAUCUUAGGAAGCAUCAUAAAUGGCUUUGCGCUGCCCCUGAAGACUGAGCACAAGCAGUUCCUGGUUCGUGUCCUGAUUCCCCUACACUCAGUCAAGUCACUGUCUGUCUUUCAUGCCCAGCUGGCAUACUGUGUGGUGCAGUUCCUGGAGAAGGAUGCCACCUUGACAGAGCACGUGAUCCGGGGGCUGCUCAAAUACUGGCCAAAAACCUGCACACAGAAGGAGGUGAUGUUUCUGGGGGAGAUGGAAGAGAUUCUUGAUGUCAUCGAGCCUUCCCAGUUUGUGAAGAUCCAGGAGCCCCUCUUCAAGCAGGUGGCUCGCUGUGUUUCCAGCCCCCAUUUCCAGUGCAUGUUGUUCUCAUCUCAACCUCCUCCCUUGACGCUGCCAAGAACCAUCGUAUCUCUGAUCUACAAUGUGCUCAAGACCUUCAUGGAGAUGAAUGGAAAGCUGUUUGAUGAGCUCACAGCCUCCUACAAGCUGGAAAAGCAGCAGGAGCAGCAGAAGGCCCGGGAGCGUCAGGAGCUAUGGCAAGGCCUGGAGGAACUGCGGCUACGCCGACUACAGGGGACCCAGGGGGCCAGGGAGGCCCCCCUCCAGCGGCUUACACCCCAGGUGGCCACCAGUGGGGGUCAGAGCUAGAGAGCCUCCCAGAAAGGGAGAAGCUAAACCCAGAGCUAUCAGUCCCUCCAUCCCUCCUCCUGCCCAGGGGCCCAGAGAGAUACACACUUAUCCCUGGCCUUGCCAGAGUGGGCUCUGAGGACUCCCUGCCCAGUCCAGUGUGGGCAGUUUUUACCAGGGGGCAGACGAGGAGAGGAGAGGUGGUCUUGGCAACAGAACUCUCAGGCCCGCAUGGCAGGACUUGACCAGGGCAAGCUUGACCAGGAAGCUGCCAUCAGGGAUCUUCCCCUGCCUCAGGCCAGCACGACAUCCUUUCUCAUCCCCACCGUGGGGGUCCAUGGUCUAUUUAUUCUCGCCCUGCUUACCCUCAAUACAGACACUGUCCUGGGCCUGGGGCAUCUUCCUUCCCUCCCCUCCCUUGCCCUAUACUUCCUUGUCCCCUCUUUAUUUAUUGGGCAGGGGGAGGGGUGAGGGCACAAACAGGAACAGAUUCACAGUGUCCUGGGGUAAGGGGGGGCGGGUCACAGUAAUCAUUGCCUAUCUCCCUUCCUCUGGCUGGGGUAGACUUAAUAAAGAGAGAAACUGAA